AUGACCCAACCUGCUCUCCCUGGUACAGAAUUAUUUGAUAAUAAUUCAUACGGAGAGGAUCUUUCCCAAGAAUUUUAUUCCUCUCCUUUGCCAAAGUAUCCUUAUGAAGAAGAACAGCAAGAAUUUGACGAUAUUUUCAAUUCGCAGGAUGAUGCGAAGAAUCAAGACAAUCAAGGUGUUAGCGUACCUUCUACUCCUGCUGUCCAUGCUGAGCGUUCCAACAUUUUGGAAGGCAGCAAUGUUGUUGAUCAAGGCUUGUUGGUUGCUCCUACAACUGAUUUAUGCUAUUGUCAAGAACAAAUUCAACAACAAAUCAAUCUUACAAUGUUAAUGUUUUCUAUGAUCAUCAAUGGACAACUCCAACUGGUUCCUACUCUACAACCCACAACAACACUUGAAGUGUUGGGGGAAGCACACCAUCCACCAACCAGAAAGACCUCCAAAACUUUGAAGAGAAAGGCUAUCGAUUCUGGUAGUGAAGAUGAUGAUGAUCAUUCGAGUGUUUCUUCAUCUACUCCAAAGAAGAAGACCAAGCAACAGAGCAGUGCACCAAUGACAAUGUCACCACCUCCUAACACUGAUAACAACCAAACUCUUUUAGUGAGUAGUGGAGCUGUGCACAAUGAUAUUUAUGUGCAGUUCGAAAAACCACUCGAUAAGGAGAUUUCAGUCCAAUGGUCUCUUUACUGGUCUUCAAAGCCAACAACUCAAAUCAAUGAACAUGCUAAAGUUGAUUUUACAUUCCAUCCUUACGAUGGUACUGUCUACAGACUCAACAUUCUACAAGGUAAAAAUUUAAUUCCAUACCUAAAAGAACACAAGCAACUUCCUAAAAAGCCUUCAAAGCCUAAAGAAUUAUCUGAAGGAGGAAUCUACUAUUUACAAGUCAAUUCCCAACUUUAUCAAUUAUAUUCAAAGUACAAUCAAAAAGACAACGAAUUAGAUAACACUCUUAUUUUAAAUUCCAGCACUUGCACUGGUAAUUUAUCAAUGCAAUGGGUUAAACAAUCCAACUAUACCCACAAACCAUUCCCAACACCUACCUGUCAAAUUAGUUCCAUCAUUUCAAAUGAUGCUAAUUAG